AGCAGCGCACUCUGCAGCGGUAAACCCGGACGAGAGGAGAGGUUAUUCGGUAGAAUCGGUAUUUCUACGAAAGAACGAUAGACAAACAUAUGCGUGCUUUGAAAUAUUUUUCGAGAAGUGUCUGUCAUCGAUCAAACGUUAUUAAAUACAAAAAUUAUACGUUAGAAAUUUUUCACGUCCUCGUAUAAUUUCCUCAUCCUCGUCGUCCUCGUUGUUGUUGUUGUUGUCGUCGUCGUCGUCGUCGUCGUCUUCGUCGUCGUCGCCGUUGUCGUUGUCGUUUACGAAAGAAGAAAAAUAAAGAAAAAGAAGAAAAAAAAAAAAUAAAAAAAUGUGCGUCCGUACAUUGGCCGGUAACGAAACAUUCAAUCCGAUGGAAAUACGACAGGAAGAAAAUAAUACUCAGCGGCAAAAUAAUAAUAAACUUAAAAAGGCCAAAGAAAAAUAUAUGAAGAUUCACGAUGAGAUGAUUGCUAGAGAACUUCAAGUUAUUCAAGAACGUCGUAGAGUCGAUCAAUUUUUUUCACCUGAUAUAACCGACGAUAUCCUUACUGCUAGUACCAUCAAAUACAGCGUAUUUAUUAAUGUCCUGUCGAGAUAUUACGAGACUGUACAGAGAAGUAAAAUUUUUAAAAUUCUCUUUUAUACGGCUCAACCAGCACACAUUAUCAUGCUAGCAGCCGUUCUCUUUGUGACAUCAAUCUUAGUACCAUCAAGAGACAAGAUCUAUGUAACUAACUCUUCAAGAAUUACAUCUUUCAUUUAUCUCGCUUCUUUUGUCAUGCAUUUUGGUGCACAAGUUUGGAUGACUUUUGUUUCAGGUCUUUCCUUAUAUUUUGCUCUUCCACGACAUACCUUUGGUGAGGUACAACGUGUACUCUUCCCACGUUACUUCACCAUCAAUGCAUGCUUAAGUUUAAUCACAUUACUCAUAUUCGUAAAACAUCAUCCGAUAUAUACAUGGGAUACUGAAUUAACUAUUCAGGUCAUUGGAAUGUCAGGAGCUUUCUUCUUGGAACUAUUAAUACGUCUGUAUCUUACACCACCACUUUUGCAAUUGAUCAUUCAGAAAAAUGCUUUAGAACGAGCCGCAGGCGUAGGUAAUGAAAUUGGCCGACAUAAUCCUGGUCCUUUGAAGCACUGCCCACAUUAUCUCAAAAUACAUAAUGCAUUUCGACGUGUUCACGUUUCCAUUGCGAUGGGCAAUAUGCUUACUAUGGCUUGCACGAUUCUACAUCUUCAUUAUAUUGCAAGCAAAUUAUGCGUUUUAUAAGAAAAGGUUUUACUCUUCUUCUUCUUUUUCUUCUCCUAUUUUUUGCAUAGUCGAUAAAAAAAAAAAAGAAACAAAAAAAAAAAGAAAAAAAAUUGUAUUCCAUGAAAUAGUGCUUAAUGUUCAUCAGCCGGAAGAAUAUUUUUGAUAAGCAACUAUAUACAAAUUUGAAUUAUUAAUUAAUUAUUCAAGUAAUUAAUUAAUUAAUUAAUUAUUGUUGGGUGCUAAAAAAAAGAAGAAGGUAAUUUCUUCCAUAGAUUUUUUUUUAUUAUUAUUAUUAUUAUUAUUAUUAUUAUUAUUAUUAUUAUUAAUUAGGAUUGUUUAAAUGAAAGAGAUAUGAUGAAAUCUUAACUUGAAUUUGGAUAGAUUUUCUUUUUCAAACAAAAACAAAUUUGAUUUUUUCUGUCGAUAAUGAAAGUGCUUGUGAACAGAAGGAAGCCUCGAGGAACUCAUUGUACUCUAUAUCUGAGGAUACAAUCGUAUUUAGUAGAAAAAAAAAGACAGUAUAUGUAUUUAAUAAAAUUAGUCUUCUCCUGUUAACGUAUCAUUUAUACGUCAUCGGCGAUAAUAGAUACUCAAGAUAGUAAAGAAUAUAUCUGAAAGAAGAAAAAAAAAAAA